AUGAAUAAAAUUUGGCUUGUGCAAGUCAAGCACAGAAAAAACAAAAGACACAGACAACACAACUGGGAUCGUAUUGCCAUACAUGGCCCACUCCCCAGCAAGUCAAGUGUAGUGAGGCACAGUUGGGCAGGUGUAGUUGUGAGCACAUCCGGUGCUAGCCAGAGCCGCAUAUGUGCGGGAAACUCUGGAACCAGUGCUUGGGACUUCAGCUCUCGUGGCAAGCCUUGCGUCUUGCGUCGACCUCUCACCUUGCUCCUCUCAGCCUCCACAUCAUCCCAAAGCCUGACGGCUCUGCUCCUUGCGUUGACAAGCUCUAAGUGGCCUGCCAGCACAACGGUGACAUGGCUACGCAACCUCCCUGACGACUCCUGUCCAGCUGCCCGGUAUUGUCAGAUCUUUGGUCGCAAGAUUACUGUCCAGCAAGGCCAAGAUCAUUCCAGCAUUCCACGCAACGCACCAGACGGCAUCCAGAUGACCAUAGCGAGUGCAGCGUCAACAACACCACACAAGUGCAGCACUCGGACAUGUCGCUCACUGAAGACACUGGUCUCUACUAGCCUGACCACAUUGGAUUGGAAUGACAGUCAUGCACGGAUACGUGAGCGUAUGGCAGAGCCAGACACACCCACAAGCGGACAUGGACACCUCGCCCAACAGCCACACACACUGGUCGCAGCCGCCCGCAAUGAGGACAACAGCAUCGACCAUUGCACUGAUUCAAGAUUAUGGCUGUUGACACUGCGUAAAGACGUGUGGGACAGGCUUACAAUGCUUCAGAAGCCUUGCUCAGAGACCUCCAUUGAGCAGGUGGUUGCAGAGAGGUUACUGGGUCAUUUUGAGGUCGUCAAGGCGUGGGAAGGAGGCGUGGGUGAAGGCGAGCGACAUGAGGGUAACGAAGCAGGCGAGCAAACAUGCAAGGAAGUCGUGGGCACGUCAGACGAGAGCAGGCGCACUGUGGAGCUUGAAUGUGAGGGGAUGAAUGGCGAGGGUGAAGAAUAUGCCAGACCUGUACGAGCACCAGGUGAAGCGGUCAAGGUACACAACAAACACGUUAAAAAGGAGAAGAAGGUUGCAAAGAAAGUGGCUAAUGUCACAGCUGCUGCACUCACGUAUGUGAUGAAGAAAGGCAUCCUGCUGCCGUACACUGUGGAUCCAUCAUCUGAUGGACCCAUCGCGGACACGGAGAAGCAAGUCGGCUUCAUUGACUGGGUGCGAGGGGUAACUCAUCUCGCUGUCUGUGACUGGCUUCAGCACGUCUUGCUCAUGCUUGUCGACAGUUGGGGGGCUCUUCAGGCAAUGACAGCAGUCAUGCUGCUAAACCCACAUGACAAAGAAGCAGGGCGGCCUCGUCUCUAA